AUGUUUGGAAUCUUGGACUGUGUAGCCCUUGAAGCAGGUGGAGAUGGUUCAAAUUGAUGUGUGCCUAGCGCGCGGUCCCGCUUGCGGACUCUUACACUCCACUCCUGGGCGGGCCAUACACUUCCUCCUAGACGGAAGGCUAGAUACCGGGGCCCUGACCAUUGCACUGAUUGCCCCCAGCCUGCACUAACUGAGGCCGAGUUGAGGCGAGCAUCAAUAAGCGAUUAUCGCGGACGGUCGGAGACUGCGCGGUUGCGGCCUCGGAGGGGCCACUCUGUCGCUGGCGCUCAGUCAGGCAGCUGCUCCACUCCGCCGGGCUCACGUCGCGGCCUUCAAGGUGAGCGAACUUUUUCUUCUAAUCCUACCCUCAGCCCGCGACCAGGGUUGAAUAAGUUCAUGCCAUCGAAGUGCAGCAACACCGGAUGUGCGAUGAAAAAGAAACUCUUGAUGAUAUCUCAAGCAGAAGACUACCGAAUCUUGUGUUGGCAUUCGAAGAAGAAAUACGGCAUUCGACUAAUAAAAAAUGAUCUUUAUAAAUUUGAGAUAUUGGAAAGAUAGAUUGAGG